AUGGAACAAAAUACUUCUAGAUCCAAUUCAUAUCCUGAUGAACCACCUCCGGCAAAGUCCCGACGUAUAGCUCGGGCGUGCUUACAAUGCCGUGGGCGUAAACAGCGCUGUCUGCCUUUGGGAGAGAAUGCAGGCUUCGGCGUCGCUUGCAGGCGAUGCAAGCGUCAUGGGGUGGCGUGCUCUUUUGAAGCGGAUCAGGAUCCAAUAGUCGCGGCUGGCGCUGAUGCCAGUUUGUUGGGCAGCAUCGAAGAUCGUCUGAAAGAUCAUGAGCGUCGCUUAGCAAAGCUCGAAACGAAAAGGCCUCGGCCUCUUCACGGCGACUCUCAAAUUCGUUCUCCUAGCCCUCUUCUCUCUACGGCCCUCAGUCAAGAGGAACUAGGUAGUAGUGGACCAAGAGAGGCUCCCGCAGGGUCUCCCUUCGACCGGAGUCCGUGGGAUGACCGCCAGCAAGUUUCCAACAUAGACGCCGUCGACUUGGGCCCUCCCAUAUCCACGCUUCGCAGCCUUGGAGCUAUGCAUGGGUACCAACGAGCCUUCGAGUUAGAAAACAGUGCUUUAAAUACGACGAGAAGUUAUGAGCAAGCAGCACAAUACGGACCGUACGAUCCGAUCUCUAAUGGCAUAUUGACUAUGAACGAAGCUUCUCGAGCUAUAUAUGUAUUCUUCCAUCACUGUCAUCCGAUGGCACCAGUGUUGAGUGAAAGCCUACAAUCACAGGCAGGAGCCCUGAGAGCCGAGAGACCGAUGCUAUUUUUGACCCUUUGUUCGAUAGGGACUCGAUUCUGGCACACCAACGAUACCAUUACACAUAAUUGGCCAGCAUGGCAUCCCAAAUGUUCAGAGCUUGCUGUACUACUCGACAAAGCAGUCUCACAACUAUUGCUACGACCCACUCCUCAUGAUGUUCACCUCGACUCGGUGGUCGUGCUCUUACUUUAUGCACAAUGGAUGCCUUACGGCAAGCAAGCGUUCCAAGACUCAGAUAAUCGCAGUCAAGCAACUAGACUAAAACGGCCGUUGAGUCGCUAUAACGAUAUCAGCGCCUGGGCAGUGCUUGGGUUAGCCGCCAGAUAUGCUGCAAUACUUGAUCUUGGGCGAGGGGCCAUUGCUCCUUUCAGACGACCUCAACCGACCAUCACACAUGACGACAUGUCGAAACUUAGGAUUUGGUUCAACCUACUGACCUGUGACUGGAAUUUGAUGCUCUCUUCUUCUCUUCCAUCCACUCUCGACCCGACAGAGGGUGCUACUAUUGCACGAACUUUUGGCGCACACCCUAUCGCGCAGCAGCCAAAUGACCUACGAUAUGCAGCGUUGGUGGAGCUUGUCUCCAUAUCACACAGUGUUCUUGAGACCAACAAAGAGUUUACAGCUCGGCGACUGAACGCUGUUGGCCUUCGCAAAUUCAAUAUCGCAUGUGACGAUUGGGAAAGACAUUGGAAACCAAUACUUCGUUCCACUCAUUUUCAACAUGUCCAUCUACCAUUUACUUCGCUACGGUGGUGCCGGCUUGCGCUCAACAGUGCAGUUCUAGGUCCAUAUUUGAGUUCAAUCACUCAAGAUAGUAUACAGCCGUCGCAUUUGUGGGUUCUAGAAGCCCUCGAGACUAGCCUCACAGCAGCGAUACAGAUCAUAUUUUGUGUAUCAACUCUCGGCCAUGACCAGGUAUGGAGUCUUGAUGCGCAAAAUACAUCAACAGUCCCUAUCGAGCCGUUUGUAGUCGACAAGGUCACUCUCGAGCGCCUCAGUUAUGCUGUGGACUCUACGUGGGUGUCCUACACUUUUGCCGUGACCUUUUUGGCAUUUUGUUACGUGAAAGGAGCGGUUAACGAUGAGCUGCGUCUGCGAUGCUUGACAUCUGCAAGCUCGACUCACAAUGUAGCCCCACAAUCACCUCGAACGUCUUCCCUUCUCGCUAGGCUUCUUCGACUAGCCCUUGACCUGUUCGACACGAUGUGCCAAGGUUCAACUUUUCCUUUAGCACAAGAGUUACAAGGUGUUGUUAAAGACUGCGUGCUACUUCUGCUCACAGAAGACGGUGACAAUCGGAAUAACGGGGACCAGGUUGACACCACCGGCGUGCAGUCGUUGUUUGAUCAAAUGAUGGAUCCAGGGUUUGAAUGGCCAGUCUUCACUGAGGACUGGGAUAUUGAAGGGGGGACACCGUUGAUCUAA